AUGCAGCACCCAUUCGCAAAAUUAAAGUUGAAAAGCAGAGCAUCAAACAUUCCCGAUGCAGAUCCUGCAGUUAAUUCAGGUAAACCACCAAGUACAAAGCAAAUUUACCAAUCCAGAUUGAACUAUGGGGUCAACUUUGGAUCUAGUUUUGUUUUGGAAAAGUGGAUCUUCGGAGAUUUGUUUUCUGAAACCAAAGGUGAUGCCGAAUUGGAUGCAGUGUCUUCGUUGGUUGAAAAGCAUGGUGUUGAUGAUACUAGAGCCAAAUUUGAAAGCCACUGGACCAGCUAUGUGACCGAUGACGAUUGGAAAUGGUUGGCAGACCACCAAGUUAACUCAGUCAGAUUACCAAUUGGAUAUUGGGAUGUCGAUGGUGGAAAUUUUACUUCUGGAUUCAAAUUUGAAAAAUACAAGGCAGUGUAUGCCAAUGCAUGGUCCAUCAUCAAGAAGAACUACAUUGAGCCUGCUCUGAAACACCAAAUUUCGAUCUUGAUUGAUAUCCAUGGCUUGCCAGGUGGGGCCAACGACUCUGGUCACUCUGGUGAAAGUGGUACCAAAGGUGGAUUCUGGAAAGACGAUAAAGCACAAUUGGAAAUGGCAAGAUUGCUGGGAUGGAUUGCCAACGAUUUGAAAAAUUACGAAAACAUUGCCGGUAUUCAAGUUGUGAAUGAAGCAGAAUUUGCCGAUCCACCUAAAAAGCAAUCUACAUACUAUGCCGCAGCAAUUACAGAGGUGAGAAAGAGCGACAAGCUGAUCCCAGUAGUGAUUUCUGAUGGCUGGUGGCCAGACCAAUGGGUCAAAUGGGUCCAACAAGAGCAAGGUGAUGAUGGCUAUAUUGGUGUCGUUGUGGAUGACCAUGUUUAUCGCUGUUUCUCAGACUCCGAUAAGAAAAAGUCGGCAGAACAAAUUACUGAUGAUUUGAACGGUGACGUGUUGACCAACUUGAAUGACGACGGAAAAGGUGUUGAUUUUAUUGUAGGCGAAUGGUCCUGUGUUUUGGACCAGCAAACAUGGGAUCAUACAAAGGGCAAUAGAGAUGAUUUGGUUGUGAAAUACGGCCAACAUGAGCUCAAAGCAAUUGGCGAGAGAGCAAGUGGAUCUUACUUUUGGACCUAUAAAUUUCAAUCAGGAAACGGUGGUGAGUGGGAUUUCAAAACCAUGACUGAUAAGGGAGCACUCAAACCCUUCCCUAAACCAUCUAAUCCACCUUCUGAUGACCAAUUUAAGCAAGCUGCGGACAAUGCAACCAACAACCAUGCUAAUUACUGGAAAGAACAAGAUCCAAAAGGAAAGUAUGAACCGGAUUUAUUUAAAGAUGGAUUCACCACUGCUUGGAAAGAUGCGGACUCUUUUGCAAAAUUUAACGGCUCAAGGAUUGGAAGAAAGGAAGCUUUGAAAAGAUCGAGAUUACUGGAAGCUCUUUCCAACAAAAAGGGUUCUCAAAAGAACAUUUGGGAAUGGGAGCAGGGCUAUGACGAAGGGUUGAAGGAAUUUUAUAGCGCAUCGAUUCACUAA